CUCUUGCAAUGUCACAACUCACGUACAUUAGUUAUCCACUAUCACAGCUUACAUACAUUUGCCUUGAAUAAUGAAGUUCAAAGAAAUAUUUUGCAGUGUGAUUUUGUUGACUUGCUUGGACUUGAGCAUCGCUCCACAACCCGAACACCUUAAUGUGAUGUUACUAAAAAAGCCCAACAAGAUAUCAAAUUUCUUUACCAAGACCUAUCUUUGUGGAAACUGGGACCCCUUGAACUUUAAUAUCCUACAGUGUGAGAACUCGCAGGGAUGCUGGGUGUGUCCUGUUGAGGUCGAUCAACUUACGUUCAAGUGCGGCUUGGAGUUGGAGGUUGAUCAGAAGAAGAAAAAAGGCUGUAUCCAGUUAAAAAAGAAAGGUUGUUUCUAGCUACUGAAAAGA